AUUUCAUUCUUCUCUUUCGGAACAACAAAAACGAACUAAGUAUACUACACGGCCUCAUGUGAGCAUAUAAAAGUCCCUUCAAGAAAAUUAUGUCCCGGAACAAGCCCAUCAUAUCACAGGGCAACCACACAAGUUCAACUCAUCAUGUCUUUCAUUCGAGCUCGUUCACAGUCUCCUCCUCCUCCAAUGCCUUCACCUCAGCUCGUCCCAACCCCUCUACCAUCACCGCCCCCCAUUCAUCGCAACUCUCGUUUGACCGUUCCAAAUAAUUCACCACCCAUUCCCCCUCGCCUCAUAGGCUCACCACUUCUUAAGAACACUUUGAACGCGUCCAGGUCACAUGACCGCUUAGACAGGAAGGCAAAGGAAGGUCUUUUCGGUGAAGACGAUGACUUUGGCGCGCGUAAACGUGCAUUGGGCAGGAGAAGUAACUCAUCAAUAACAUCACUUCCUAUCCUAUCUCCUUCCCCAACACGCACAAGCAGGCGCGGCUUCGGUCAAUCUUCAACCCGUUGCCGCUCACCGCCACCUAGCCCUUCAAUCUCGUCCCCCCCACCACCCGUUCCUCCCAUCCCAGCAUUCAUGCUCGCUCCAACCGAUAAGAAAUCUGUCGUGCGGUCAAUACCUAAUAAACAAGCCACUGCUCCCGCCCACCACGCUCUCUUCGACCUAUCACCUUCCCUCUCGAGGGCACGUUGUGAAUCAACACCUCAGUCUCCCGGCGCAAUGACCUGCAUGCAGUUCUUUACUAUCCACAAUACUCCUCGCAGGGACUGCCGAGUAUGAGCGUGCACGAGCACCAUUCCGCUCGCCUCGUCGAGCAAUGCAUCUUGAUGAACCUUAAAUAAGGCCUGGCACCAGGUCUUGUGCCAUUAUUGUACACAUGGCUUAACAUCCUUGGGACGACAUCACCUGCCAACGACUUUCCUUGCACAUACGCGUAUAUUCUUUCUUUAAUAUUUAUACCCGCGCAUUAACGCGCGAUGCACUCCAUCUGUGCUUUUCGUUCUUUUCUAGUAUACCUCCCUCACUCUCACUGAUGUAAUACCGCCAUUGCUCCCAUCAUCCCCCACCGACCCACAAAACCUACUUUACAUACAUCCCGUACCAUUACUUAUCCCAUCCAGUACCAUAAUGUUCUUCAUCGUGUCCCACCACUCGUAAUACCUACUGAUACAAAUGUCAAACUGUCGUUGAAGCAAUGCAGCUUGUACUACUCGAGUUAGCUCUU